CAAUUUCGCUACAUUUGGUCGAAACUAUCCUGUAAAGCAAGAUUUUUCUCGUCGACACAUGUCUAACAACGGCGAUAGUAGCAGCCCGUUCGCAUGGCUUGGUCUUUUGAAAUGGUCGCUCUCUUAUACGGACGGGACGAGACCGUCGGACGAGAGCAUGAGUCCAAUGAGUACCGAAGAUAGGGCCUUUCUUGAAGCCGUCAUGAAGGAGGGGAUUAUCGAUGAGAAUGAGAGAAUGAAAUCGAUUUUAAAAGAUGUCACUGGAAUGAUGGAAAAGUGGAGGCAGGAACCAGCUACGGACGAAGAGGGCGACCAUGCUGAAGACUUGCUACAGGAACUACGCGAUAUUGUGGAGCAAAUCGACUAUGCCCGUGCUUUUUGCUCAAUGAAAGGACUUCCGUUUCUCCUAGGAUGCGUCGCUGAGCGGGACCAUAUGCCCGUGGCGACUCGUGCUAUGUGCCUUGGAAUCAUUGCUACGCUAUGCGCGAAUAACCCCCCUGUCCAGAAAGAGCUGCUCGAACUAGGUGCAAUUGGCGCACUAAGCCGAUUGUUUUUUCUGGAAUCUGAAUCCGCUUCCAACACGGAUCAUCAUGGCCAGAUGCGUGCGAAAAUUAUACAAGCAAUCGGCUCCAAUGUGCGCUCGCACGAACUGGCAGAAACUGUCUUUUGCGAGCUACCCCAGGCACCGACUUUGAUAGAGAUAGGUUUGGGCCUGACACACUCUGAAUCCCCUCCGCCGUUCGCUGUACGACAACGCACACUAUUUUUCUUUCGCGCCUUGAUCACCUCUGAUUCAUCCACGCGAAUCCGCGUUCAAAAAUUUGGUCCUCUCAUUGCGCAGGUUGCCCAACUGCUGUUGGACGAUCAAAUCGAAGGAUCACAGGAGCUUCGAGAAAUGGCGCUCUCAAUGGUGGAGCAAAUAUUGGAUCAACAGAAGAGUGUCGACUGUAUUGUGCAGCACAAAAAUUCUCUUGUGGCUUUAGGCGUUCGCAGAAUUGCCGCAAUGCGUGCCUUGGAUGGAGAGGAGAAAGUUUUCGCUGCGAUGGAGUUGGAAAGUUGGGAACGACUCCUCGUAUUAUUGGCUCGCGCAAUUCCUGACGGACCAGAAGCGGCUGCGGAGCCCGUAUCUUUGUUACAGGACGGCAAAACGCACGGUAGCAGCGGCGCACUGGCCCAAUCAUAA